UGUUUCAGAUGUUUUCUUCCGGUUCAAGGGCCAUGCUCGACAACCGUGAUAACCAAUCAUUGUUAACAGCGGAGCGGCUAACCAAUUAAUCGCCCUGCGAACAGGAAGUACUUCAGGUUUCGUACUUGUGGAGAAAGCGGCUCGUCGAGAGAAACGUUCAUUCACUUAGGACGACUUUGUUAUAUUAUACUAAAUCGUUUUUUAUUCAUUUGCUUAGUCAUGAUUGAGCCAAAGAAGAGACCGGGGGACAUGGCGGUGGUUCCUGCGGGUGGAGUCAAGAGGCCCAGGGCCGAGCUGAUCGCUGCGGCACAGUCGCAACAACUCGUGGCCAUGGGCCCUCCCCGCAGCUCCAGCCUGCAGGCUCCCAUCAUGUUGAUGUGUGGCCAUGAGGGAGAGGUCUACUGCUGCAAGUUCCAUCCUAACGGGGCCACACUGGCCUCCUCUGGCUAUGACAGGCUCAUCUUGAUGUGGAAUGUGUACGGGGACUGUGAUAACUUUGCCACCCUGAAGGGACACAGUGGUGCUGUGAUGGAGCUUCACUACAACACAGACGGCAGCCUGCUGUUCAGUGCCAGCACAGACAAGACUGUGGGAGUGUGGGACAGUGAGACGGGUGAGAGGAUCAAGCGUCUGAAAGGCCACACCUCCUUCGUUAACUCCUGCUACCCUGCUCGCCGCGGGCCUCAGCUCGUCUGUACCGGCAGCGACGACGGAACCGUCAAGCUGUGGGACAUCCGUAAGAAGGGGGCGGUCCAUACGUUCCAGAACACCUACCAGGUGUUGGCCGUCACAUUCAACGACACCAGCGACCAGAUCCUGUCUGGAGGCAUCGACAACGACAUCAAGGUGUGGGACCUGAGGCAGAAUAAGAUGAUCUAUGGUAUGCAUGGUCAUGGGGAUUCUCUGACUGGCCUCUGUCUGAGCUCAGAGGGAUCCUACCUCCUCUCCAACUCCAUGGACAACACAGUACGUAUUUGGGACGUCCGUCCGUUCGCUCCCAAGGAGAGGUGUGUGAAGAUAUUCCAGGGGAACAUUCACAACUUUGAGAAGAACCUUCUGAGGUGUUCCUGGUCUGCUGACGGCAGCAAGAUUGCAGCAGGCUCAGCUGACAGGUUUGUGUAUGUGUGGGACACCACCUCUCGUAGGAUCCUGUACAAGCUGCCAGGGCACGCUGGGUCAGUCAACGAGGUUGCCUUCCAUCCAGAGGAGCCUAUUGUCCUUUCUGGCGCCAGUGACAAGAGACUCUACAUGGGAGAGAUUCAGUAGGACUGUCGUGUGUGUGUGUGUGUGGUGAAUGUUCUGCCCCGGAGCCUUGUGUGUAUGGAUCCAGCCCCCAACUGUGUGAAUGAAAUGUAUUUUUUUAUAUGCUUCUGUUUUAUUUAGUAACAUCCUCAGAGACUGUCAUUUACUUUAGAAUGUCCAGUCACAACAACCAACACCUGUGUUUUUUUUUUAAAUUUCUCUUAAUAAACUACGUCUGGGGAAAAA